AUGGCCGAGGUCGAUAUUGAGAAGAAGGUCAACAGCGAGGAGCUGUACGACGAGAAGUAUGCGAGCGUCGCCGCCGGCGAGACCGUCGUCAUCUCGGAAGAUGAUUCUUCAGACGACUACAGCGGAACCAAAGAGCCAUCCACCGGCAUCAUUGGCAAGCUCGAGAACUUUGCCCGGAAAUACAAGAUGGAGUUGAUCGGUAUCGACCCCGUUCCCGAGGACCAGCGCAACGACAGAAAUGUCUGGACUCCGGCUUACUUCUGGUGGGCUGCCAACCUUGUCAUGCCUCCUGUGUCUAUCGGAUGCUUGGGUAUCUCUACCUUUGGUCUCAGCUUCUGGGACUCUGCUCUCGUCAUCAUCUUCUUCAACGCGCUCGGCUGUCUGCCUGUUGCUUUCUACUCUAUGUUCGGUCCCAUCUACGGUCUCCGCCAGAUGGUCUUCUCUCGUUUCUGGUUCGGUUACCACGGUGUCAAGAUCUUUGGUGUUCUCAACGUCAUCGGCUGCGUCUGCUGGACUGCGCUGAACACCAUCGUCGCUGCAUCGCUCCUCCACUCGGUUAACGACGGUCAGAUGCCGUCAUGGGCUGGUAUCAUGGUCGUCGCUCUCGGCACUCUUAUUCUUGGAAUGUUUGGCUACAAGCUUGUUCAUGCCUAUGAGAGAUGGUCGUGGAUCUUCACCUUUGUUAUUCUGUGGAUUCUCAUUGCUCGUCUGAAAAUGUCCGACAACUUCGCUGCCGGUACAAUGCCUACCGGUCCCUUUGAGGCCGGCAACGUUCUCUCCUACGGCUCCGUCAUCUUUGGCGGUACCAACGGAUGGGCCACCUACGCGUGCGAUUACGCCGUCUACCAGAAGAAGGACGCCAGCCGAUCAAAGAUCUUCUGGUCCGUCUUUGGCUCCCUUUUUCUCUCGCUCACCUUCACCACCCUCAUCGGUGCCGUCAUCAUGGCCGCCGCUGUCAACUACCAACCCUGGGCUGAUUCGUACGACGAGGGCUCUGUCGGUGGCUUGGUCUACUCGAUCUUGGUCACCAACUCGCUCCACGGAUUCGGCAAGUUCUGCGUCGUUUUCUUCGCCUUGUCUUGCAUCGGUAUCUCUGUCGUCAACAUCUACUCGCUUGCGUUCUCGAUGCAGAUCAUCAGCCACUACUUUGCCAUCAUCCCCCGUUUCGUUUGGUCCACCAUCGGAACCGGUGUCUACUUUGGCAUCUCGAUGGGAGCCUACUACUCAUUCAACACCUUCAUGUCGAACUUCAUGAGUAUCAUCGCCUACUGGAUUUGCAUCUACGAAGGUAUCUCUCUCGCCGAGCACUUCAUCUUCCGCAAGGGCGACAUGUACGGCUACGACGUCUCCCAGAUCAACAACCCCAAGGCCAUGCCCCCGGGCUUCGCCUCGACCUUCUCCUUCUGCGUCGGUGUUGCCGGUGCCGUCCUGGGCAUGGACCAGGUCUGGUACGCGGGCCCCAUCGCUGUUGCGUGCAAGGGCGACGUCGGUUGGCAAUUCGCGCUCAUUUUCUCGUUCGUCGCUUAUGUCUGCACUCGUCCCAUCGAGCGUCACUUCUUCCAUCGUUGA